CAUAUACCUACUCUUUGUUAUUAUUGCAUUUUUUUAUUCUAUAGUGUGUGAAUUUUAAGGAGGAUGGAAUCAAAUGAAGUAUUAGCUACCUACAUAAAAAAAUUACGUCAUCCUUUAAAAGAAAUACGUGAACGCUCAUUACAAUUACUAAUAGCUAAACUGCAGCUUGGAUGGGAUUUAAAUGAUGAAUUGGUUUUAAAUAGGGAGAUUCUUGCGGCUCUAUUAGCUUGGUUUAAUGUUCACCAACCUUCAAUGCAAGAAGAAUCUCUAGAAUUAUUACUUAAAAUGAUAAAGACAAGGGGAGGAAGUUAUGCAGUUAGAGAGUAUGGCGUACAGAACUUCAUUGAGAAGCUGCACUCAAUCAAAUCAAAGUUGGAGGGAAAUGCUCUGGAAGUGUAUGUUGAUAUCAUAGAGACUGUAAAAUUUUUACAUACAGUUGAAUCUCAUGAAGAUGUUAAUGUUCCAAGACUUGAUAUUCCAUCUAGUCGAAGUUCUGAAAAUGAUGGAUACUUUCAAGAGCUCUUGCACAAUGGUGAUAAAAAACAUGUUGAAGUCACUGAUGUAUCAAACAAUCACAUAAAUGACUAUAAGACAAAACAGUCAAAAGGGUUCAACAUUUUCUUAUUCCCAUGGGUUGAACUAAGUCCAUCAGAUUUUAAAACAAUUGUCCUCAUUGAGGAUUCACUGAAGCUUGUGAAAUCUACUAGGAGAUGUUGCAGAUUUAUUAGGGAUGUGUUUUUGUGUGACUUCCCUCCAGAAAUAUUUUUAAACAGACCCUCUAUUGUAAAGGCAUUAUUAAGUAUAUCUGACGGUCAGUUUGGCAGUUCCCCAGGAGAAGCUUUGAAUGUGUUACUGUGUAUAACAAAUGCUUUACACAAGAGAUUGAAACAACUCUUUUCUCCAGAUUUAGUAUGUGAAUCUACAAAGGUCAAUCUCGAUAACAGGGAAUCCUAUGAUGGUGUGAAUGCAGAACUAGAACAGAUUGUUGGCAGAACAAAUACUCCCAUAGAAGACACUUUAGCAGCAUUACGGCAGCUACCAGCCCCAAUAUAUGCUUUGGAUACUGCUCAUGCUGUUCUAUGUAUUAUGAUGAAGAGCGUCACACACAUAGACUCUGAAAAUAAAGAAUCUUUGUCUAUGAAAGAUUUCAAUACAUGUCUAUCUUUAAUAGAAGCUCUUAUAGAAUUUUUACUGGAAUGUGUUGAUGAAAGCUUCUGGAUAUCUGAUCAUAAUUCUAAGACACAAAGAGACAUAGCACAUAAAAGUUGUAUGACGAUGCGUAUGUUGGGCGAUCUAUUGAUUAAAUAUCAAAAUUCGUAUCAGUUAGAUCCAGAGCGCGUUCAACACAGACUAGCUCAGUAUCGAUUAAUCAGCUGUGCUGUGAAGCUUUUAAACUGGGCGCGGAAAUCGGCACUACCUCCUACAUCUCUCCUUGCGUCGUUACAAAACGGCCUUUUGGAUCCAGGGAUUGAUAUAUUUUAUCCAGAACUGAACAAACAAAUUGCUUUAGUUCUACAGAACGCAAAAUCUUCAGUUGAUCAAGAAUUCAAGAGUAAAUAUCGAGAGUUAAAUAAACUUUUUCUCAGUAUGGAUCAUGCAAAAGAAUUCAUAAAAUUGAAUAGUACCCGCUACAAUAAAGACAUAUUAAAUUGCAUUAAAAAGUCACUCCCUAUUCUGCAAAUACACACUAAUGAGAAUUUUCUACAUGACAUUUCAAGUAUUAUUGUAACGAAAGGAAAAGAUUUAAAUUUUGACGAAAGUGAUUGGUCAGCAGCUCGAAGCAUAGCAUUAUCAUUGAUGGCUCAUAAUAUAGACUGGGUUCAAUCCACGUUUUAUAAGAUAUUGGCUAAUAUGGUGAAGUCUGUACUAAUGAGUGAAGAAUCAAAUGAGUCGAACCAAGAAAAGAAUUUGACUUUGUUGAGUGAUGUUGGUAUAUUGACUGAAAUAUGCUGUCAUGCUUUAUCAUCAACGGAUAAACAGGUAGAAGAAAGCGCGUCGGAAAUAAUGCUAUAUCUGCUAAGGGGUCGACUAGUUCUUAGUGAAAGUUGUUGGUGGAGACUCUUAGCUAGCCUGCUGCCCAUUCUACCUUUAUUGCAUGUGUAUGCGGCGCAUGAUACGCAACUAGGUAAAGCAAUAUGCAAAUCACUAGAAGUCGAUAUAGCGGAGUGCAUGGGUGUGUCCACUGCGGAAAUGGUGUGGGGUCUCGUGAGAUUGCUGUUUGUUAAAUGUCCUGCAGUGCAAUUGGAUGCUGCACAUUCUUUGUGUAAUAUAUUGGACGAUGAUAAAUACUUACCACCUAAAGAAACUUUACGUACGGAUAUUUUGAUAAAUGCUUUGCGGCGGGUAGAGGUGCAAGACUUCAAUAUAGAUUAUAAUAGUUCUCCUACAAAGAUGUCACAGACAACUGGUUUAAUACAAGUAUUGGAUGUGCUAAAACAAGAUCUAGUGUUAGAUGAAGAUAGUUCAGAAUUCGUUGCUGACUCCCGAACGACCCAUCCAACUUUAGAACCGUCUCUCCGACGCAGCACCUUACAACAGCUCGCUGUUAUGAUGCGUCAGCAAGACUUACACGAUGCCUUUAUUCGUUAUGAUGGUCUUAAACUUAUUGUUGCCUUACUCAGGAUGUCACUUACAGUGGAAGACUAUUUAGCGUUCCCCGAAUGCGCACUAAGUUGCGUGUCUGUUAUAAACAGCGUGUGUUUUGUGGCAAGACACAACCUAUCGAAGUUGUCAGACCUGCCGUUGUUUUUGAUUAGAUCCAUUCUCGUGUUUCCCGCCAAUGACAGCAGCGUAGCCAUGUCUAUACAAGUGCUAGCUCUAUUAUCAUGGGCGGGGUUCGUACUACAGGAGUUGGAUACAGCGCGUCGUCGUGUGCCCGCACUACCGUUGAGUGUGACGUCACGUACGUCACUGCCGUUCGCUGUUAAUAGCUAUUGGCAUACUAGUGCUAAUGCUGAACACGCUUCUGUUGAAUGGCUCCUCAAUGAUCCAACAUGGCGGACGUCAAUCCGCGUACGCUGGUGGUGGGUUCUAUCCGGGGGCAAUGUGUCCCGUGGUUCCCCACAUUUAGUACAACCAAGAGAUCCCACACCAAGUAUACAAGACUUGGAGAUAUUGCGGUCUGCGUGUGUCGACUACUCGUGCGCGAAGGGCCUGUUGAGAUUUGAGAAUGCUACGACUCAUAUGCAAGUUAAGGAGGCGUUGUAUUUAUUGGAAGGUUAUGCUCACAUAAUGCCUACAUCGACAGUUUGUCCAAAAGAGUUUGGUAAUUUAAAAUGGCAGAAUAUGAAGAGAUUUUUGUCAGCCCCACCAGCUUCUGCUAGAGACACGGAUCUAUUAUUAAGUCUUUUACAUUUUAUUAUUGCUUACAUGGAUCAUGUGCCUAAAGAUGAUACCACAAUGUCUUGGAUAAAAUCUUCUUUUAUUGGGAACGAAGCGACCAUAAUAUCGCUUCUAAGCAGAGAAAGACUUUAUCCCCAACAGUCGUCUGUAGAAGAUAUAGAAGUGACCCAAUUACGUAUACACAUAGUUAAAGUUCUCUUGCGAUGCCUUUUAUUGUUGGAAGAGAGUCAGGACUACAGCAGUAGCCAAUUAGAAAGCUUGCUGAAAAUCCUCCUGGCGUGCUUGGAGCGAGUCGAUUUGAAGAAUUUUCAUAUGCUAGGAUAUCUUAAUGAGCUAAUGCGCUGUAUAAGAUAUGGUCUACAUUCUCGUUAUUGUGAAGUAUCAGAGGAAACGCUAAUUUAUAGUUUGAAGAUGAUGACUCGUGUUUUAAACGGGUGUGCGUCUGGUGGGGGGAGGAAAGGAAGAGCUUGUAAGUUGGACGCCAUGUUGGCUUUGAUGGCGGUGCUGAAGAAAGUUCGAGAACAAAAGAUACCUGUACAACGUUGGGGCGAACACUGCGACGGUUCCCUAAUGCACGCUAUAGUGCGAUGUAGCGGCGCGCAAACGCCCGAACUGCGUGCAGUCUCGUUGCAUGUAAUGGCGACGUUCGCGCUUUACGCACAACUCACGCCGCAACUGAUGCAGUAUAUCCCAAACGAGUCGCUUUGCCGAUUUGCCGUGGAAGUGUUCUCUAAAACCGGAGAAGCGAACGUGGUCCGAGCCGCUGCGUUAUUGCUCCUUACUGCGGUCACUUCUCGAGUUUCACCCAUGAACCAAAUGCUAGAGCAAGAAACACUUCAAACGUUCGAAGAUUAUAACUUCGUGGAAGAAUGCCUACAAGUUUUGAUAGAUUUUUGUCAUGAGAGUAGUUUUAAAGAUAAAAAUUUUCUUGAGCCAAACAUGCCACUAACUCUGCUAGAGCGUCGUACAGAGUUAGAAGUGCGCGCCCAAAAACACCAAGAUGUCAACCUGUCACCAACAUAUUCGUUUCAAAAACCAUCACCAACUGCUGAUGUUGUUAUAGCGAUAGCUGAUGUGUUUAAUAAUGUAAUAAUGUUUAAAAACUGCCCGGUACAAGCGUGGAAUGAAAUGGGGCUGUUUAGAGUUAUGUUCCGAUGUUUAUGCUGGUCGAAUGAAUCUCAAACACAAAUGGACCGUGUCCGCGGUACUAUUUGCCGCAGUCUGUACGCAGCGACGACGCACAAGUGCGUACGCACCGUACUAGCUUCUACUAAAGACUGCUUAUACAAUUUGAUAGUAACAUUGACGCCGUUUGAUGUGGGUGACAGUGAGGGAUUGUUUGCGCAGACGCAAUCGAUGAUAUUGCUCGGAUCGCUGAUUGUUGAUCGCUCAGCUAGCGACACCUUGUGGUGCGAAUUGAAGAAAAAUAAAGCAACGGACAUGUUUGAUGUGCUAUUACAGGCUUUGGAGAGCGAUGAUGAUGAAUUGCAAUCUGCGGCGACGUUUUGUUUAACUCAAUUGGCUCAAUCAAUAUCUCGCAAAGAUAAAUCGAAACAAGAAUCUUGCAAAGCAUUUUUAGACAAUAUAAAAUCAGCCAAAGAUCCACCUAAAGAUAUACUUUCUGCUGGCGAUAUGAUCAGGAAUGGAGAUUGUCAACCAGAAUAUAUUGUAGAAGAGAUAUGUAAAGUUUUAAUGGAUUUGUAUAAAGAGCACUUGGAGGAGAAGCGGUUUUUAGAAUGCCAAGAUGAAAGCUGGUCUUCUCUAUGUUCAUGUAUAUCAUCUGUAUUGUCUAUAAGUCCACGCGCUCGGCAAUAUUCGGCGCAUAGACAAUUCCCGCGGUUAUUGGUGGUUACUAUGCAGGCUUUUAGGGAUAGAUUGUCGUUGCAGGGAAAACCUGUGGAUGUUAUACGUAAUGCUAAUAAUGAACCCGUAUUGCAUAAUCUAUACUGGUUACUUACAUUAAUGAACAGUGCGAUGCUAAACUGUACCAUUGCUAAGGAAAGUUUCGCGGAGGACAAUAUAUGCGUGUCCCUCAACAAGCUGUGGCCGUGGUGCAUGAUGACUGAGCAAUUGAGAGAUGCACUAAUGCAUCUGUUGCUUAGUUUCACGAAUGAUUGUCCGAAAGCGUGGAGCAACAUGUGCACGUGCGUGUGCGGGCGCAGCACGGUGGGGUCGGUGUGCGAGCUGGCGGUCCGCGAGGCAGCUCGACCACGUGCUGGCGCUCUGCUGCCGCUGUUGCUGCGCGUGCUGAUACAUUGUGUGCCGCAUCAGCACUGCCGCACACUUGUGCUGAAGAGUGACGUACUAUCCCACAUAACGAAGUCCCGAGCGCGUGCCACCAGCCCCCCCAGCACGAGCACGUGGGUGCAGCUGUGCGAAGCGCUCAGUGUGCACGCGGACGGCGCGGGCGCGGUGCUGGCGGCGAGCGGGCGGGCCCCGCCAGCGUGCCUGCUGACGUCACUCGCGCACGCCGCACACCAUCAUAGACUGGCGUUUUUGCAGUCACCGGAACUCCUGGAACUAUUAUCGGGUUCGCUUCUAACGGGCGACACGAGCUCACUGGUGUCGGCGAGUCGCGCUGUGUGGGCUCUGGCCGCUAAUAACCAUAGGGCAAAACUAGUCCUCCGAAGUGCGGGUAUCACAACAGCCGUGCACUCCACAAUCCAACGACUACAGAGAUCCAACGAUGCGGCCGCCCAGCGAGCACUAGAACUGCUAACUUACACGCACACAGUACUACAAGCUACGUGAUAUCUUGCCUAAUUAAAUAAUGAUUUAUAAAAAAGUGA